CGGCUCUAACCGGUCCCAUGUCUCCACCGUUAUAAGUGCUCUCCUUCCCACCGUUUUCUCGCUUAACCACACAAAAGCUUAAUUUGCUCUUCUCUCUACGAUCACCAAUUUCGUUAAAAACAUUCCAUUUCCAGAAGAAUCUUUGAUUCGCGAUCAAACACAUACGUUUUCUUCUCCACGUUUCUUUCUCUGGAUUCGAAUAUCCGUUGCUUGUCGGCUUUUGAACAGUGUUUGAAGAAUGGAUAUCUUCGACAACUCUGAUCUCGAAUACCUCGUCGAUGACUUUCACGGUGUCUCUGAUUUCGAAGACGACGAACCCUUUGGAGAGGUUGAGCUCACGAGUGGAACUGAUUCGGAUUUCAUCGACUCUGAUUUCGAGCCGAGCAAGACGAAGACCGAUACGUCGGCGUUGGAAGCUAGGAACGGAAAAGACAUCCAAGGGAUCCCUUGGGAGAGGCUUAAUUACAGCAGAGGUAUAUACCGUGAGAAGAGACUGCGACAGUAUAAAAACUUCGAGAGCCUCUUUCGAUCCAGGGAAGAGCUUGAUAAGGAAUGUUUGCAAGUAGAGAAAGGAAAGACUUUUUAUAACUUCCAAUACAACACGAGGCUUGUCAAGUCCACUAUUUCACAUUUUCAGCUGAGAAACUUGAUAUGGGCAACAUCAAAGCACGAUGUGUAUUUCAUGAACAACUACUCUCUCAUGCAUUGGUCAUCCUUGCUGGGAAGAGGCAAAGAGAUACUUAAUGUUGCAAAGCCCAUUGUUCCUACAACGAAGCAGCAGCAAGAAAUGUUGUCACAUUCUCUGUCAAGAGUCCAAAUAAGCACCAUGGCAGUUAAAGACGAUCUGAUAGUUGCGGGAGGGUUCCAAGGGGAGCUUAUCUGUAAGAAAAAACACGAACCUGGGGUUGCCUUCUGCACAAAACUAACAGCAGCCGAGAACGACAUCACCAAUUCGGUUGACAUAUACAACGCACCUAGUGGAUCGUUGAGGGUUAUAACCGCAAACAAUGACAGUACGGUCCGGCAAUUUGAUGCUACAAACUUCACUUUCAUCAACAGUUUCGCCUUUGACUGGUCCGUUAAUAACGUCUCAGCCAGUCCAGACGGGAAGCUGGUGGCUGUUCUAGGGGACAGUCCCGAGUGCAUACUAGCCGACGCCGGAUCAGGAAAGUUCGUCCACAGUCUCGAAGGCCAUCUCGACUACUCGUUUUCAUCGGCAUGGCACCCGAACGGUCAGAUCUUAGCCACGGGGAACCAAGACACGACCUGCAGGCUAUGGGACGUGAGGAACCUGUCUCGGUCGCUAAAAGUGUUGAAAGGAAACAUGGGAGCCAUCAGAGCCUUGAGGUUCACGUCUGACGGACGGUUCUUAGCCAUGGCUGAGCCAGCUGACUUUGUACACGUGUUCGACGCUGAGGAUGAUUACACUCGGUGUCAAGAGAUCGAUCUGUUUGGAGAGAUAGCGGGAAUCUCGUUUAGCCCCGACACGGAAGCACUGUUCGUGGGAGUGGCUGAUCGUACUUACGGGAGCUUGUUGGAGUUUAGCAGGAAACGAAACCACUUGUAUUUGGAUUCCAUUUUCUGAUCUAAUCUCCAAAUCAUUAGCAGCAUAUAGGGGAUAAUAUGAAUAUAUGAUAUAUGCAUCCUUUUGGAGCUAUAUUUUGUAUUUAUGUGUGUGUGUGAGUUUGGUUAAUUAUGUUAGUGGCAUUGGGAGGGGAUUAAGUCGUUGUUUUUGUGGACUUUUUUUACCUUUGUUGCCACACUUGUGUAAUGACGAUACAUAAAUAAAAAACCUUGUCAAAGGUUGAGCAAUUGGUUUGCUUUUGCCAAAAGUAAAUCCAAA